AUGGAUUAUGAUCUUGGAGUGACAGCGGUACGAAAGGCGCGAAGUGGCCAGGAAUCACGGCGCCUGCUUCUCUCUUUUCUGCUUCUUGCAGCCUGGGAGGCAGGGAACAGCCAGCUCCAUUAUUCCAUCCCCGAGGAGGCCAAACACGGCACCUUCGUGGGCCGCAUCGCUCAGGACCUGGGUCUGGAGCUGGCCGAGCUGGUGCCCCGCCUGUUCAGGGUGGCGUCCAAGGACCGCGGGGACCUUCUGGAGGUAAAUCUGCAGAAUGGCAUUUUGUUUGUGAAUUCUCGGAUCGACCGGGAGGCGCUGUGCGGGCGGAGCGAGGAGUGUAGCAUCCACCUGGAGGUGAUCGUGGACCGGCCUCUGCAGGUUUUCCACGUGAAUGUGAAGGUUAAAGAUAUUAAUGAUAACCCACCGGUUUUCAAAGGCUCAGAACAAAGGAUAUUUAUUCCUGAAAAUAGACAACUAGGCUCGAGGUUUCCACUAGAGGGCGCUGCGGACGCAGACAUUGGUGUCAAUUCUCUUUUAACUUACACGCUGAGCCCCACUGAAUACUUUUCUUUGAAGGUAGAGACGACUGACGAACUCAGUAAAUCCCUUUCGCUUGAACUGAGAAAAUCUUUGGAUAGAGAAGAAACACCAGAACUUCAGUUAUUACUGACAGCCACUGACGGGGGCAAGCCAGAGCUGGAAGGGACAGUUCGGCUUCAGAUUACUGUGCUCGACGUUAAUGAUAACGCCCCACUGUUUGACCAGGCUGUCUAUAGAGCUCAGUUAGUAGAAUCUACAGCGAAUGGAACAUUAGUGACCACGUUAAAUGCCUCUGACGCUGAUGAAGGUGUAAAUGGUGAAGUUGUGUUUUCCUUUGGCAAUGACGUUUCUGCUGACAUUCAAGAAAAAUUCAAAGUGGAUUCUAUUUUAGGAGAAAUUAGAGUGAUCGGUGACCUGGAUUAUGAAAAAAUAAAAUCCUAUGAAAUUCAAGUAAAAGCAGUUGAUAAAGGGACUCCCCCAAUGUCAAAUCACUGCAAGGUUUUGGUGAAAGUGUUAGAUAUAAAUGAUAACACCCCGGAGCUGGAGAUCACUUCCUUAUCUUUGCCCAUCAAAGAGGAUGCUCCACUUAGCACUGUCAUCGCCCUGAUCAAGGUGUCCGACCGUGACUCUGGUGACUGUGUGUCCGACCGUGACUCUGGGGCCAAUGGGCAGGUGACCUGCUCCCUGACCCCUCAUGUCCCCUUCAAGCUGGUGUCCACCUUCAAGAACUACUAUUCGCUCGUGCUGGACAGCGCCCUGGACCGAGAGACCACAGCUGACUAUAAGGUGGUGGUGACUGCCCCCCCCCGGGGCUCGCCCUCGCUGUGGGCCACAGCCAGCAUGUCUGUGGAGGUGGCUGACGUGAACGACAACGCGCCCGCGUUCGCGCACCCCGAAUACACGGUGUUCGUGAAGGAGAACAACCCUCCUGGCGCGCACAUCUUCACGGUGUCGGCCACAGACGCUGACGCACAGGAGAACGCUCUAGUGUCCUACUCUUUAGUGGAGCAGAGGUUGGGCGAGCGCUUGCUGUCGAGCUUCGUGUCUGUGCACGCAGAGAGCGGCAAGGUGUUCGCGCUGCAGCCUCUGGACCAUGAGGAGCUGGAGCUGCUGCAGUUCCAGGUGAGCGCGCGGGAUGCUGGUGUGCCUGCCCUGGGCAGCAAUGUGACUCUGCAGGUGUUUGUGCUGGAUGAGAACGACAAUGCACCCGUUCUGCUGUCCCACGGAGCUGUGGGAGCUGGAGGGACUGUGAGCCAGUUUGUGUCUAGGUCAGUGGUUUCAGGGCAUGUAGUGGCGAAGGUGCGCGCAAUUGAUGCUGACUCUGGUUACAAUGCUUGGCUCUCUUAUGAACUGCAGUCAUCCGCAGGCAAUUCCCGUAGCCUGUUCCGCGUGGGUCUGUACACGGGUGAGAUAAGCACCACACGAUCCCUGGAUGAAGCAGACGCGCUGCACCAGCGCCUGCUGGUGCUGGUGAGGGAUCAUGGUGAGCCUGCACUGACUGCCACAGCCACGGUGCUAGUUUCUCUGAUAGAGAACAGCCAGAAGGUGUUGGUUGGCGCCUCCAGCCUGGAUCAGGGGCUAGUGGAUGUCAACGUGUACCUGAUCAUCGCCAUCUGCGCGGUGUCCAGCCUGUUGGUGCUCACUCUGCUGCUGUACACAGCGCUGCGCUGCUCGGCGACGCCCACCGAAGGAGCCUGUGCUCCCGGGAAGCCUGUGCUGGUGUGCUCCAGCGCGGUGGGGACCUGGUCAUACUCGCAGCAGAGGCGGCAGAGGGUGUGCUCUGGAGAGGGUCCGCCCAAGACCGACCUCAUGGCCUUCAGCCCCAGCCUUCCUCAGGGCCCCACCUCUACAGAGGGAAUCAGCAGAAGAGAGACAGCCGCCAUUAGACUCAGAAUACGUAGCAAAGAUUGA